AUGACCCGUGGAAAUGAAUGCGAAGAAAGAGAGGCCAGGCUGUGCUCUCACUGUGAGCUGGCAGUGGUGGAGACAGAGCUGCACUUCCUAACAGAGUACCUGAAGUACAGCUCUAUCAGGAGUCUAUACUAUAGGAAGAUCAGCAGCAUCUCCCCUGAGUUCCUACACUGCGGGAAACGCUUUGUAAAAGAUGAACAGCUGAAACUCACGACAUUCCCUAAACUGAUAUCUGCCCGCAAGAGCGCCCCGGCUACCGGCGGUGUGAAGAAACCUCACCGUUACAGGCCAGGUACCGUGGCUCUGCGUGAAAUCCGCCGUUAUCAGAAGUCCACUGAGUUGCUCAUCCGCAAGCUGCCCUUCCAGCGCCUGGUUAGAGAGAUCGCUCAGGACUUUAAGACCGAUCUGCGCUUCCAGAGUUCUGCCGUCAUGGCUCUGCAGGAGGCCAGUGAGGCUUACCUGGUCGGUCUGUUCGAGGACACUAACCUGUGCGCCAUCCAUGCCAAGAGGGUGACCAUCAUGCCUAAGGACAUCCAGCUGGCCCGCCGUAUUCGCGGAGAGCGUGCUUAA